AUGUUUAGCUUGCUACUAAAAAAGGAAUUGAUUCAGUAUCAGCUUCUUCCAGUGGUUGGAUACAAGGACCUUAAACUACAUUACGAUAGGCUAGAUGACGAAGUGAGCAAUGUCGUAUUGAUUGGAUGUGGAGCAAUGUUGGAUAUCGAAAAUUUCUUGGAAGUCAACCCCGAGGAGUUGUUGGAUGCUACUGCUGAGCAGCCAGAAGAUGAACAAGACUUGAAUGAUGUGAAACAGAACCAGUUUAAACGGAAAAUAUAUGUUAUUGACGGACACAGACCGUGGAACUUGGACAACCUAUUUGGGUCGGAAGUUGUGGUGUGUUUUGACGAUGGAUAUAUUGAUGGCGCAUUGCUGGAGGAGAAGAAGGCUUAUGAAAUUUUGAUCUUGGAGGAUGAGAAUGAGUCAGAAUCUGGGUCCGAUUCCAGUAGCGAUGAAGAGAUUGACGAAGAAACAGAUGUGGAUAUUCCAUCAGAGAGUGAAUUGGUAAUCAACUCUCUGGAUUCGGAAGAGACAGCCACUCGCAAAAGGAAGCUUCAAGAACGUCACUCUCGACAACUCAAGAAUCAAAAGAAGCAAAAGAAAUCAGUUAACGAAGACAGGUUGCAAUCAUACUACAAUCAAGGUUCGACAAUAAGCACGGCCAACACCAUCACCGUUUAUGCCCUUCUUACAGCAAUAGGUGAGACCAACUUGGAGAGUUUGUGGAUUGCAAUCAUUGGAAUCUCGUCCUUGGAUAGUCAUUACCCUGAGAUUUACGAUAAACUACAACCACUCCUCAAAGAGGAGGUGAUGCGAUUGAACCCAGAGCAUGAGAAUACCAAAAAGAAAGCUGACCAGACAAUAUUACGGGUUGAGCGAGACUAUCAGUUGUUUCUACUACGGCACUGGACUCUCUACGACUCAUUCUUUUACUCAAGUCAUGUAAAUUCGAAAUUGAACUUGUGGACUGAUGAAGGGAAAAAGAGACUUCACAAGCUAUUUGCCAAGAUGGGGGUGUCUCUUGCGGUUGCACAACAAAAAUGGUUGUACAUGGAUACAAAAGUCAAGCGACAAUUGCCGAUCAUAUUUCGUCGCUACUUGCCGAUUUACGGGCUUGAAGGUAUAGUGCGGGAAGGAUUCAUCAAGACCUAUGGCUACACUGGUCUGCUUUCCGCGAUGGAGUGUGUUGAGGCGUUGAGUGCACUACUCGAAUUGGAUGAAAAGUUUAUCCAAGAGUCAGCAAAGUUGAAUGAAGAGGAUAACAAGACUCUUGACAAUGAAAAAGACAAGAUAAGAAAAAGAAUGGAGAGGAAAGAGAGUUCGUGGGUGAACAAUUUCUGGUCUUCAUGGGAUGCACUCAAUGUGACAAAAUCUUUGAAGACGAGUGCUAAUCAAUCAUCGUCACCAUUUGCCAAAUUAAAAGGAAGUGAACUCCUCUUUCGAGGUCUAGAAUAUGCCAAGCAACUACAACAAAUAACUUUUCGAACUGGGAUGUCCUUACUCGAGCGUAAGAUGAUCAAAAACUUGAAGCUUUAUCGGUUAUGCGUGUUGAAUGACGGGGCGGUUCCUGAUUUGGAGAUAUUCAUUAACCCGCUAAUGUUGUCGAAAUUGGGAACAUGGUUGAUUGAAAACUUGGCCGAAUUGGAUUUCAUCAAUGGGAAUCACUCUUUGAAACCGUUGGUUGUUGCGAGUUUGGAUGUAACCAGCGACACUUAUCUUGUUAUUGGUCUUGCACCAAGAUACCCACGAGGAAUGAGCAACUCUGAAAAGGCAAAGUUGUUGCAAGAGCAAAGUAACAACAAAAUCACAGCAGAGUCAAUGACAACACAUUUGAACACAUUCAGUGUCGCGUUCCAACAGUUGUCAAGCACGUCAGGAGCCAAAGUGCGUGUCGACAGCUUUGAUAGUUCAAUAAUUGAAAUAAGAAAGGACGAUUUGGCACCGUUUUUGGAGAAACUUACAUUGAGUGGGCUCAUAUAG